UUAACUGAUUCUGUUGUAACUUAUUCUAUUUCAGAUCCUCCCCAAGACAAAGAACCACUAAGUUGGAGUACGCGGAUGAAGAUUGCUGUUGGGGCUGCCCGAGGUCUUGAGUAUCUUCAUUGUAGAGCUGAUCCGCCAGUUAUUUAUCGAGACUUGAAGUCUGCAAAUAUCUUAUUAGACAAUGAAUUCAAUCCCAAACUGUCAGAUUUUGGGCUUGCAAAACUUGGACCUGUUGGAGACAAUACCCAUGUUUCAACAAGGGUGAUGGGAACAUAUGGCUACUGUGCACCAGAAUAUGCCAUGAGUGGCAAAUUAACACUUAAAUCUGAUAUAUACAGCUUUGGCGUGGUUUUGUUGGAGUUGAUCACUGGGCGUAGGGCAAUAGAUAGUAGCAGAAGACCAGGGGAGCAAAACUUAAUUUCAUGGGCUCGCCCAUGUUUUGGGGACCGGAGAAAGUUCAUACAAUUGGUUGAUCCCCUUUUGCAAGGGAACUUCCCCUUGCGCUGUUUACAUCAGGCAAUUGCCAUUACUGCAAUGUGUCUACAGGAGCAACCAAAAGUCCGGCCGCUAAUCGGGGAUAUUGUUGUUGCAUUGGAGUAUCUAGCCUCUCAGAGUAUCCCUGAACAGCAUAGACAGAACCCACCAUCGCAAUAUUCAGAAAUCGACAGAAGUUAAUUUCCGUUGGUAUCAGAAGGUAGAUUGAGUUCGAUUUCUGUUCAUGUUUAGUACAGAUUUACUUACUGGUUUGGGUGGUGUAUGCUACAAACUUGUACCUAUUUUGAAAGUCAAGCAUUAUUUCUUUAGUUAAACUUAUUGCCAUUGCAGUAGUGAAACUGUGAAAGUUAGUCCUGUUGAAUGUCGAUUUGAUUUAAUUGCAAUGGACGUGAAUUUUAUGACUAAUUAAACUUGGCGAAUCUAGCAAUAUUCUUAU